CUUCGACUAAUUCGAAAACACUGGUUUUCACGGCCAGAAAAACAGCGUAGUUCUUCCAGAGUGGCCCGCAGUGCACGUGAGAGAGCAACUUGGAUGCAUUCGAAUCUGUAGUGCACCCGAGUGCUAUCCCGCCCCCGAUCCACAAGCACCAGCGAGACCACCGAGAGCGAAGCAGUGUCGCCAAGAGUCGCCCGCCGUAGCCCAACCCAGCCCCAGCCCGAGCCCGAGACAGGUAGCAACCGCCAAGGAUCAUCAUCAUCGCAUCGCAAUGGCCAACAACAAUCAACUGAUGAACAUCAUCGCGUCGGCCCACGCCAACAACAACAGUCCCAAGUCCCUCUACGACCUGUCCCUGAAGGCAUCGAUCUGCAGCCUGGACGGGAACACGGUGAGAGCACUGGAUCGGAUUAGCCGGCUGCCAGAGCUGCCGCGCAAUUUACUUAUCGAUGUCUACGAAAUGAUGUCGCAGCAGGAUUCUUUACAGGACACCCUGCUGGAGGAGCUCUCCCGCCUGGAGGUGUUCGCGCGACUCGUACGGCACUCACCAGCACGCAGCAAACUGCUGGGCAUUCUGGCCGCCCUGAUGGCCAGCAAAAAGAUGCUAUCGAGCCGGCUUAGCGAGGCCUAUGUGGGUCGCUACAAUACAAAACAGACGCAAGAUGGGGAUGAUGGUGAUGAGGCAGACGAGCAGCAACGGAGAGAAGACGUCGAGGAGCAGGAACAGUCGCAGGACAGUCUGGAUGAGCGGGCCAAGAAGCUGGUGCAGGAGUACAGCCAGCUGCAGAUACCCGACGAGGAUGUGGCCAGCACCAGCAACAGUGCCAGUGGCAGGUCCAUGGCCAGCCAAACGAUGAGCCCCAACCAUGAACUAGAACUCAGUGUGAUUACUACUGCCAUGGAUCAGCCAGGAUCUGCAAUGCCGGAUGCAGCUGAUGACGACCUAGAGGAACUGAACGGGGAAGAGCUGCAGGCGAUUGACCUGGGCCUUCGUCUCGGUUCAUUCCUCUCCGAGGCCGGUUGGAUGCAGGAGAGCAUCUCUGUGCUGACGUGCCUCAACGAAAGACUGAAGCGUCUGCCGCCCCACAAGUACUGGCUGGUUAUGCGCCUCGACUGCCUGCAGCGCCUCCUCUAUGCGGAGUCGGCACACUGUAACUUCAAGCUGGCCCAGCGCACCUACAACGACCUCAUGGAGCUGAAGAGCUCAAUUAACGAUCGGGUGCCAGCGGACCUGGUGGCCAUAACCUACACACAGAUAUCGGCAAUGUUCUUUGCCCGGAACGAGUACAACAACAGCCACAUGUGGAGCCUGCAUGCCAUGCGUCGUCUCAAACACUCGGCCACACCGCGCAUCGCCAUCGAUGUCCUGAGGCAGGCGGCCAAGGCGUGUGUGGUUAAGCGAGACUUUGCCCGGGCCAAUCUGCUAAUCUGCCAGGCUGUGCGACGCGCUCGGGAACACUUUGGCCGCAGGCAUCAAAAGUACGGGGACACACUUCUGGACUAUGGCUUCUUCUUGCUCAACGUGGACUCGGUGUUCCAGUCGGUGAACGUCUAUAAGGAGGCACUGGGCGUGCGUCGUGGCAUAUUUGGCAACAUGAACUUCCAUGUGGCCAUUGCCCACGAGGAUCUGUCGUAUGCGUACUACGUGCAUGAGUACAGCACCGGCGAAUUUAGCUGUGCCCAGGACCAUGUGGACAAGGCGGUGAGCAUUAUGAAGAAACUGGUGCCGAGCAACCACCUGAUGUUGGCCUCGGCGAAGCGUGUGAAGGCUCUGCUGCUGGAGGAGAUUGCCUUGGACAAAAUGGCCGAUGGCAUAGAUGAGGAGGAUCUACUGCUGCAGUCCGAGGAGCUGCAUAACUUUGCAUUGUUUCUCUCCCUCGAGGUAUUUGGCGAGGUGAACGUGCAGACGGCCAAGCACUACGGUAAUCUGGGGCGACUCUAUCAGACAAUGAACCGCUUCGAGGAGGCCGAGCGCAUGCAUCAGAAGGCCAUCAAGAUCAAGACGGAUCUGUUGGGGCCCUUCGACUACGAGGUGGGCCUCUCCACUGGCCACCUGGCCUCGCUCUACAACUACCAAAUGAAAAAGUACCGCGAGGCGGAAAAGCUCUACCUGCGCAGCAUCGAUAUAAGUCUCCGCCUGUUUGGGCUAGCGUAUUCCGGCCUGGAGUACGACUAUCUGGGCUUGUGUCAUGUCUACGAGACGCUGCACGACUUUGAAAAGUAUCUGCAAUACGCGCACACACUGGAGAACUGGCAGAUGCUUCGGGGCCAAAACAUCACCCAGAACAAGUUCAGCUACCCCGCCAUCGAGCAGGACUACUCCAUCGAUGAGGUCAAAAACAAAUUCUUUGACUCGUGCGGGCGCAGUAACGACAGUAACAGUGCCGCCCAGAUGACGGAGGCCAAGUGAGUCAGGGAGGGAAGAACAUUGUGGAGCACCAGCAGCUGCACAGGUGGCUGCAUCUGCCAUAUGGUAUAACGAUAGGAUGGGUAGCCCCACAGCGCACUGUGUGCAUCACCCAUUGUUCGAACGGAGCUGACAUUAUUUUUAUAUUGUAUAUAUUAUGUCCUGUAUCCAGCAUUCAUGGAUGCAGCAGAUUAGUUAGUAUUGUAUUUUAUUAUAUUUUGUUUCUCAUUUCCAUCGAAUAAGUCCAAAAUGUGGUUUUAAAUUUAGUAAGCCCGUAGCCCGGAGCCACAGCAGCCACGUAGCCAGCAUUAGGUAUCGUAUCGCAUCGUAUCGUAUCCAAUAUCCUCUAUUAAGAACCAUCGAAUACGUCCAGUUCCCCCGUCAGUUAGGUAAGCAGGCAGCAGCAGUCAGGCGGCCGUCCCCUCCCUAGGCUAAGUUCCGAUUGGAAAUUAGAAAAGAGAAAGAGUAUUGCUAGUGCGUGGAUACGAUAUGUUGAUUUAUUUGAAUCUCCACAAAUUAUUCGUCUUAUAUUUUGUGUGUGUGAAUAUUUUGUAGAGACCCAGCCAGUCGCACGGCUUCACUGAAAAUUAGUUGCUCGUUCUUACAAAUUUCUUAAAUUUUUUGUUCUUCUUUAAACAGAAGGUUUAUAGUUAAUUACACAUGUGAUUGAGAUGAUAAGCAGGAAAGAUAGGAAAUAGCUGUGUAGCUUUCCAUAGUGGAAAUUUUGCGUUUUUUUUUAAGUGCAUAACUGGCAUCAUCUAUCCACGAUUUAUUAGAACGUUCUGUAGCACAAUUUGAAGUUUGAUUUCGAUGCUUUGAAAGGCUCCGCCACUCGCGCCACCCAUCACCUGCCACCACCAGUAAAUGCCAACUAGAAUCGAAGAGUACAUCAUUUUGUAUAGAUCGGAGAAGGAAUAAGCGAAAAAUGUAUAGUUCUAAGCACAACCAUUAUCCACUAUGAUUAAUACUUCAUACCGAUGUUAGCCGAUGGCGAUGCGUGCGUGCACACAUGUAACAAGUAUUUGACGCAGCAACUAAGUAGUAGACACACACAAUAACACCCAGACCCACCCUCAUAAGUGGAAGACAAUGCAGUGAACCGGUGGGACCGAUCAUACCCGUACAUCGUAUGAGGUCGCGGCAACAUCUAUGAGUAUAGUUUAUACACAACUGAAACCAUAACACGUAUACUUAUGGAACAUUGCAGUUGCAAGCAAUUUUUGGAAUUACUUAGCUGUAGCUUAAAAGCAACGUCGUAAAUCUCAAAAUAAAUACAAAAUCAAUCAAA